CCUUGAAGUGAUGGGAUUUAUAUAAAAUUUAAACCUUCUCUCACAAGUGUAUGGUAGAGCUAAAGAAGAAGACAAACAAGUAAGGGUCAUCUGAAAUUGUAAUUGGCUCACUAAUAAUCCCAGGACUAAGUUGGAAAGAAGUACUCAAGCAUAAGACGACUACAAAGAUGUUUGAUAUAAAGGCUUGGGCUGAGUAUGUUGUGGAAUGGGCUGCAAAGGACCCAUAUGGCUUCCUUACAACAGUUAUCCUGGCCCUUACUCCAUUGUUUCUAGCAAGUGCAGUACUGUCCUGGAAAUUGGCCAAGAUGAUUGAGGCCAGGGAAAAGGAGCAAAAGAAGAAACAAAAACGUCAAGAAAAUAUUGCAAAAGCUAAACGACUAAAAAAGGAUUGAAGGAAUGAAUGAACAGGCUAUAUAACCGGAGGAACAUCAUUUGGAAAAUUAUUCAGUGUUGAAAGGACCCACUAAGGUUUCUUUUCUGGUUUUUAUGUCAGUAAUUUGUUGUAAACAAAGUCAGAGCACCUGUAAGAAUCAUGUUAGUUGUGACCUCUACUGCAGCAACUUUUAGGUUUUGGUGUAGAAGUCUAUUGAGAGUUAACUGUAAAUUGGCUUUUAUUAUGCUAUAAAUUCUUUAUAAUUGACUUAGUCAUUUGCCAUUUUGCAGAUUGUGUUCUGAAAUGAAACAUCCUGUGGAGAAAAAUGACUGUACAUUAUGAACUCUAUUCAAAUAAUGGCUUAGAAUUGGGGUCCUGUUCUGGACGAAGGGAAUUGAGAAUGUAAAAAUCAAAACUGUCCAAUGGUGAAAACUGCUUUGGGUUAAAGAGGCAUAUAGUAUAUUAUUUACAUCUUCUAUCAUUAUUGCUUAUUUCUUGGCAUAGAAUCAUUUCUGGCUUUCUCAAAGCCACAUAUUAACCAAUGACUGUGUUCUGCAUUUUUCUCAUUUUAGUCUUUGAGAUAAUUAACAGACAUUCUAUAUUUUUUAAAAUCUCAUUUUAUAAGAAUUCUCUUACUGGCUAUGUAGAAUACCACCUACCAGAUAGAACAGUUUUUGUACUUAUGAACCUGCCAUUUUCUUAGAGAUGUCUUGAGUAGAAUAACACUAUGAUCUAAAGCUUGCAGUAAAAAUGCCAAACCUUGUGGUACCUUGGAACCAGUGUAUUCUUUAUUGUGCUAUGUAGAAAUGUAAAGUAGUUAAAAUGUCUUAUCACAUAAUUUGCUCUUUACAUAGAUGCCACUUUUGUGUUUUUAUUCAUUUCUUCAUUUUAAUUUAUCUAGUAGUGAUGUUCUAUACUUUCUGAUCAAACAGGUUCAUGUGAAAAUUAAAACUUCAUACUUAAAGAAUUCUUAAAAAGUAAUAGUUAAGUACUAUUUCAUAAGUGGUAAAGGUUUAACAUUUGGAAAAAUUUUGUUCAUCAUACUAGUAAUUGGGUGAAAAAGACAAAUUAUGUCAAAAUGAGGAUGUGUUAAAAUUAGAAAUAAAGAGCUAAAGGAUAUUUCCUUCAGCUAAGUAGUAUAACUGGAAUUUUUUACUGUUAAACCUGGCUUUUAUAAAUGCGUAGUCUAAUAAUUUUAUUCACUGUCAGUAUAUAAUAGCUUAUUAACGUUUUCCUCACCUCUGAUAAUGAAUUUUAAAUUACAAAAAAUUGUCCACCAGCUUUAAUUUAAAAAUGAAACUAGAUAUUGAAAUAAAUUUGAUACUUUUUUAUAAAGAGGUCCUGGGUUUUUUGUUUUUAAAGGGGGGUUAAUAAUAAGGUAAUUAAAGUUAGAUGUGUUAUAGAAAUUAGACUUUUAAGAGGGUUUUGAGUUUCAUUUCUAGCUAAAAGCCUACUUACAAAAGUUAAGGGCAAUGUUUCUCAACUAUGAAAACAUAAGGACUCCUGAGAAUGCUUAUGGAUUGGUCUAAACACUAGUACUUUCACUUUAGGUUGUUAGUUUCUACUUGGUGCCAGUGGAAUGAACAUAUUGCAACUCCAGGCACUAAGAUAAUUCAGUGUUCCGUUCUGUUACUUAAGCGAUCUAGGAUAUCUAGUGAUCUUUUUAUUGUCACUGAACGUUUUAAUAGUUGAAAUUAUCAUUGGAAUUAAAACUUAAAAAUAUGCUUCUAUGGAUCUACUGGCCCUCCUGGGCCUGCAGAGCACAGUUUAAGAAAAAUGAGGUUAAGAUAUAUCUAAAAUGUGUUUGGGUUUCUGCAGUCAAGCUGUUCGUGAAAGGAAUUUAUAUCCAUAAAUCUUGCUUAUGGCCACAUUUUAGAGUCAAAUAUUGAAGCAAAAGGUAUAUUCACCAUAAUUCUCAGUUAUUUACUAAAAGCUGUGUUUUCAUUGGUUCUCUUGUUACAAUUUAAAGAUAGUUAUUUAACUGAAAUCUGUUUUUCUAUCA